AUGACAGCAAGCUUUCCUGCUGUCAUGUACGGCCCACUGCAUUAUCACAGCAUUGACAUGGAUAAAAAUGAAGCCCUAAAGAAGAGUAAAGGGAAUUGUAAUAGUUCUAUGACCUUAUCUUCGUCUUCUAUUGAGGACCUACAUUGGUGGGCAGUUUCUCUCCCUAGUGCAUUUAAUGUUGUGCACAGCGAGUAUGAGAUUGUUAUAUAUACUGAUGCCUCAACCACUGGUUGGGGUGGUGUCCUGGGUGACUUGAGCACAGGCG